ACCCCAAUUUCCAACACAAAAAUAUUGGUACAUAAAUAAAAUAUUCUGUCCUCUUUUGCCUCCUCCAAUCCCAAACCCACCUCCCUGACAAUGCUCUUCUUAAUUACAGGUUGUUUCCUUAUCCUCAUUUUGUACCCAACACAUUUUCUUUUGAUCAGUUUGUACCCAACACAUUAAUUAACCAAAAUUCUCUCUCAUUUUUUGUUGUCUUCUUUCUUUAUUUCUAUGUAUGGAAAGUCCUCAGUUUUUAGCUUGAUGGGUUCUGAAAAUUUGUGUCAUCUGGAAAUGGGUGUUGCCAAUUUCUCACUUUUGUGUGGUUCUUGGAAGUGGGUCUUUGCUUGUUUUAUGUAUUGAUUGGUGUUUUGAAGUGGGUAUCUGCCUGUUUCAUUUUCAGGGUUGCUGCUUCUUUAUCUUGGCGUGAAAAUGUGGACUUGGUGAGGUCCCAGAGGGGGCAUUGUGAGAUGUUUAGUUGUUGAGUUUCGAGAUGGAUCGGCGGAGUCAGCUGUGGCAAAGGAAAUCAUCAGAGAAGAGUUCUGGUGAGACUGAGAGUUCAGGAUCGAUAUCUUCUCAUUCCGAGAGAUUUUCUGAUGAUCAGGCAUUCUCACCUCAUAGCAUUCAGUCGCCCGAAGUGACUUCUAAAGCUCCACACAGUGAUGAAGAACCUAUUGAUAGUGUUGAUACGUUGAGAGAGAAAUUAUCUGCUGCUCUUCUUAGCUGUAAUGCCAAGGAUGAAUUGGUAAAGCAGCAUGCUAAAGUUGCAGAAGAAGCUGUCUCAGGUUGGGAGAAGGCUGAAAAUGAAGUGUCGGGCUUAAAACAUCAGCUUGAUGCUGCAAAUCAGAAAAAUUUGGCUCUUAAAGACCGGGUUGGUCAUCUUGAUGGAGCACUGAAAGAAUGUGUAAGGCAGCUUCGACAUGCAAGAGAAGAGCAAGACCAGAAUACUAAUGAGGUUGUUGCCAAAAGAACUCGUGAAUGGGAUAGUUCAAAGUCCAUACUUGAGAGUCAGCUCUCUGAUCUACAAGCACAACUUCAAGUUGCUAAAACUGAAGCAGCUGCCUCUAUUGAUUUGGAUCUCCAGUUAAAGCGUGAGGCUACUCAAAUAGAGAACUCUGCUCUUAAGCAUAGUCUUCGUUCUCGACUCAAGGAGCUUGAAAUUACGUUUAUAGAGAGGGAUUUGAGCACCCAAGCUGCUGAAGCAGCGAGUAAGCAAUAUUUAGAGAGCAUAAAAAAGGUUUCCAAGCUUGAAGCUGAGUGCCGUAGGCUAAACGCCUUGGCUCGUAAAGCACUACCAAAUAAUGGUCACAAAUCCUUUUCUAUGUCCUCAGUUUAUGCAGAAUCCAUUAUGGAUAGCCAAUCAGAUAAUGGGGAGAGUGUGCUGGUAAUUGAUUUAGAUACACAUAAAGUGAAAAACUUGGAGCCAAGAGAAUGUGAUUCUAUACAGUCAGAUUCAAGGACAUCUGCUCAUACAGAAAAUCUUGAUAAGUUUAAGAAUAACAAGAGUGUUGAAAAAGAUCUUAUGGUUCCUUCUGUGGAAAUCAAUCUCAUGGAUGAUUUUCUUGAAAUGGAAAAGUUUGCUGCAUCACCAGUUGCAGAAAACGAGAACUGUUACCUUAAGGCAGGUUUUGGAUCAAAUCAUCAUGCUACUGAAAAAAAACUUUUAGAAACUGAACUUGAAACCAUGAGUCACAGGACAGCAGAACUGGAGGCGAAGUUAGAGAGGAUGGUGACUGAAAAUGGUGAACUUGAGAUGACAAUGACUGCAUGCCAAGAGGAGAUUCAGACAUUAAAAAGUCAGCUCCUGGAGGCUGAUUUGGAGUUAAAAGACCUUCAGACACUGUUGGAUAUUGCAAAUUCUUCGAAGCGUGCUGCAGAUGAAGAAGUAAAGGUCUGUCGAACAAUGCGAAAAGUGGCUGAGGUACAACUAAGAUCUGUUCAAACUGAACUUAACUCCAUGAUUUUUAAAGUUGGUGCACUAGAAGUAGAUGUUUCAAAGGAGCGAGCUUUAUCAGCUGAAUAUAUGGCCAAAUGCCAGAAAGUUGAGAAUGAGUUAUUGAUAAUGAAACAUGAAACUGAGCUCCAGUGUAUGACUAGUACUAGUGGACAUUUGAAGAUACAGCAGGAGCAAGAGCUAGCGUUGGCUGCAAGUAAAUUUGCAGAGUGCCAGAAAACAAUUGCAUCCCUUGGCCAACAGUUGAAAUCACUUGCAACAUUGGAGGACUUUCUGAUGGACUCAGAUAGGUCAUCAGAUCAUAUUGAUGAAACCAUGCAAUCAAGACCUGAAUAAUCCAAGGAUAGUGGAAGUCUCAAAAGCAGCAGAUGACUGGUCAGAUGCUUCAACAAUUGUCUGCGAGAGAUCGACAUUCUUUAUCACUAGCCCCUCACCAUUAAUACCUGCAAUAUUAAAUGAUUGAAACCUCUUGGGCAGAGGUAAGAGUGGGACUGACGAAAAUCGUAAUAAGAAUAAUUGAAGAAACAAGGUUGAUUUAUUGCAGACACAACCAGUCUGUAUUGCCCUGAUAUGUUCUCCUGCUUAUUCAAUACCUGUGAAUCGACAGAUUGUAUUUACAUACAAGGUACUUCUUCGGGACCAACAAUUUUAUCUUCAAUUUUCCAUUAAGGGUAGUAGGAGUAAUGUAAAUAGGAGGAGCAGAAUGAAAGAGGUAUAUACUGUAUAUAGUGAAGUCAUACAUAACAUUUAAGAUAUGUGUUCCACCAAGUCCCACAUUUCAGGUAUCUAAACCUCAUAUUGUUUUUGAAUUGCAAGUCGCUUUCACAGUUUCACUCAUGUGAGUGAACCAGAAUGAAAAAGACGACCCGUCGAUACCUUCUGCAUUUUGGGUGAUAUGAAGCUGUU